CACAGAGCACAGUGUCCUCCAGCUCUACAAAGACUACUAGCUCUUCAGAAACCACUGCUCAACAUUCAAUCACCACAGCUACUUCUCCAGAAGCCACCACACCUGCAUCCAUCACAUCAGAAGCAGCCAGCUCUCCAAUGAGUACAGUGUCUUCUACGGCAUCAGCAAAGAAAAUAACAUCUUCUAUUUCCAAAACCACAACCCCAGCUCUAAAGAGCACAGUAUCCUCUACAUCUUUUUCAGAGAGUAGCAUGACGCCAUCCACAAUUAGGACUAGUACAACAAAAACCACUACUCAACUUCCAAUGACCACGGAAUACUUAACUAUUUCUCCACAAACCACCACAUUGGAAACCACCACAGCAGUGACAGCCACUACUUCCCCACAGAGCACAGUGACCUCCAGCUCUAUAAAGACUACUAGCUCUUCAGAAUACCCUACCCAACAUUCAAUCACCAGAGUAUACUUAGCUAGUUCUCCAAAGUCCACCACAUCUGAGUCAAUCACAGCCAGCUCUCCAGCUAGUACAGUGGCCUCUACCUCAUCAACAAGGAGUAAAAUAACCUCUUCUGUUUCCAAAACCACAACACCAACUCCAGAGAGUACAGUAUCCUCCACACCUUCCCCAGAGAGCAGCACUAUGAAAUUGGAAAAAUCUCUUGUGACUUUCCCAACCUCUUCCCUGCUGGAGACAACAACUUUGAUUCCUGUAAGAGGAGAGAGCUCAACUACUGCCACUUUGGUUUCUUCAGUCUCACACCAAACGGAAUCUGUUAGUCCCUAUGAGUCGAUGAUGACGAGCUUGGGCACUUUCAGGACUUCUACAGCUCCCACAGAAAUAAUAUCAACUGCUACUUCAGGGACAAGGAAAGCAGGCACUUAUACCACCAGCACCACCACCACCUCCUUUUCUGAAGGAAACCUCUUUACGACUGAAGCCAAUAUUGCAUCCACAUUUAUUAGUACAACACCAAUUGAAACUGUUUCUCCCACUUCCAAACCUCCAGUGGCAACCAAAUGCUUUACGGUCAACUUCAUUGCAACUAAUUUGAUCUAUAGGCCACAGAUGGAUAAUCCCAAGUCAAAGCUCUUCAGCUCAACGCAAAGAGUCUUCGGUAACUUGUUGGGACAGAUAUUGAAGACCAGCAAGAUUGGUCCUGAUUUCAUCAACUGUAGCUUAUCAACAUUAAGAUCUGUGAAUCAGGGCAAGAACACUGGAGUAGACAGUGUCUGCUGCUAUCGUAAAAUCACCACAGCUCCCCCUUUUGAUCGAGUGAACAUAUAUCACAAAUUCAUAAAUGAGACCAACGGUUUCACCAAGAUAGAGACAUAUAGCCUGGACCCAAACAGCCUUUUUGUUAAUGAUUAUCAUGAAGCAUCACCUGUGACCACUGUUUCUCCCACUUCCAAACCUCCAGUGACAACCGAAUGCUUUACGGUCAACUUCACUGCAACUAAUUUGAUCUAUAGGCCACAGAUGGAUAAUCCGAAGUCAAAGCUCUUCAGCUCAACGCAAAAAGUCUUCGGUAACUUGGUGAGGAGACAAAUGCAUACUUACCCAAAUAUCAGCAGUAGUGUUUUACUACCAUUGGGACAAAUUUUGAACACCAGCAAGAUUGGUCCUGAUUUCAUCAACUGUAGCUUAUCAACAUUAAGAUCUGUGAAUCAGGGCAAGAACACCGGAGUAGACAGUGUCUGCUGCUAUCGUAAAAUCACCACAGCUCCCCCUUUUGAUCGAGUGAACAUAUAUCACAAAUUCAUAAAUGAGACCAACGGUUUCACCAAGAUAGAGACAUAUAGCCUGGACCCAAACAGCCUUUUUGUUAAUGAUUAUCAUGAAGCAUCACCUGUGACCACUGUUUCUCCCACUUCCAAACCUCCAGUGACAACCGAAUGCUUUACAGUCAACUUCAUUGCAACUAAUUUGAUCUAUAGGCCACAGAUGGAUAAUCCGAAGUCAAAGCUCUUCAGCUCAACGCAAAGAGUCUUCGGUAACUUGUUGGGACAAAUUUUGAACGCCAGCAAGAUUGGUCCUGAUUUCAUCAACUGUAGCUUAUCAACAUUAAGAUCUGUGAAUCAGGACAAGAACACCGGAGUAGACAGUGUCUGCUGCUAUCGUAAAAUCACCACAGCUCCCCCUUUUGAUCGAGUGAACAUAUAUCACAAAUUCGUAAAUGAGACCAACGGUUUCACCAAGAUAGAGACAUAUAGCCUGGACCCAAACAGCCUUUUUGUUAAUGAUUAUCAUGAAGCAUCACGUGUGACUACUGUUUCUCCCACUUCCAAACCUCCAGUGGCAACCGAAUGCUUUACAGUCAACUUCAUUGCAACUAAUUUGAUCUAUAGGCCACAGAUGGAUAAUCCCACAUCAAGGAUUUUCAGCUCAACACAACGAUUCUUGGUUAAUUUGCUGGGACAAAUAUUGAAGUCCAGCAAGAUUGGUCCUGACUUGAUCAACUGUAGUUUAUCAACAUUAAGAUCUGUGAAUCAGGGAGAGAACACCGGAGUAGACAGUGUCUGCUGCUACCGUAAAACCACCACAUCUCCCCCUUUUGAUCGAGUGAACAUAUAUCGCAAAUUCCUAAAUGAGACCAACGGUUUCACCAAGUUGGAGAGAUACAGCCUGGACCCAAACAGCCUUUUUGUUAAUGAUUAUCAUGAAGCACCACCUGUGACCACUGUUUCUCCCACUUCCAAACCUCCAGUGGCAACCGAAUGCUUUACGGUCAACUUCAUUGCAACUAAUUUGAUCUAUAGGCCACAGAUGGAUAAUCCCACAUCAAGGAUUUUCAGCUCAACACAACGAUUCUUGGUUAAUUUGCUGGGACAAAUAUUGAACACCAGCAAGAUUGGUCCUGACUUGAUCAACUGUAGUUUAUCAACAUUAAGAUCUGUGAAUCAGGGAGAGAACACCGGAGUAGACAGUGUCUGCUGCUACCGUAAAACCACCACAUCUCCCCCGUUUGAUCGAGUGAACAUAUAUCGCAAAUUCAUAAAUGAGACCAACGGUUUCACCAAGUUGGAGAGAUACAGCCUGGACCCAAACAGUCUUUUUGUUAAUGAUUAUCAUGAAGCACCACCUCCGACCACUCUUUCUCCCACCUCCAGACCUCCAGUGGCAGCUGAUUGCUUUACAGUCAACUUCAUUGCAACCAAUUUGAUCUAUAGACCACAGAUGGCUAAUCCCACAUCAAGGAUUUUCAGCUCAACACAACGAUUCUUGGUUAAUUUGCUUGGACAAAUAUUGAACACCAGCAAGACUGGUCUUGAUUUGAUCAACUGUAGUUUAUCAACAUUAAGAUCUGUGAAUGAGGGCAAGAACACCGGAGUAGACAGUGUCUGCUGCUAUCGUAAAACCACCACAGCUCCCCCUUUUGAUCGAGUGAACAUAUAUCGCAAAUUCAUAAAUGAGACCAACGGUUUCACCAAGUUGGAGAGAUACAGCCUGGACCCAAACAGCCUUUUUGUUAAUGAUUAUCAUGAAGCAUCACCUCCGACCACUGUUUCUCCCACUUCCAAACCUCCAGUGGUAACUGAAUGCUUUACACUCAACCUCACUAUCAAGAAUUUGAUGUAUAGGCCACCGAUGGGUAAUCCCAAGUCAAAGCUCUUCAGCUCAACACAAGGAGUGCUUCGUAAAUUGUUGGGACAGAUAUUGAACACCAGCAAGAUUGGUCCUGAUUUGAUCAACUGUACUUUAUCAACAUUAAGAUCUGUGAAUCAGGGCAAGAACACCGGAGUAGACAGUGUCUGCUGCUAUCAUAAAAUCACUGCAGCUCCCCCUUUUGAUCGAGUGAACAUAUAUCGCAAAUUCAUAAAUGAGACCAAUGGUUUCACCAAGAUGGAGAGGUACAGCCUGGAUUCAAACAGCCUUUUUGUUAAUGAUUAUCAUGAAGCAUCACCUCCGACCAGUCUUUCUCCCACUUCCAGACCUCCAGUGGCAACUGAAUGCUUUACAGUCAACUUCAUUGCAACCAAUUUGAUCUAUAGGCCACAGAUGACUAAUCCCAUAUCAAGGAUUUUCAACUCAACACAACGAUUCUUGGUUAAUUUGCUGGGAGAUAUAUUGAAAAACAGUGACAUUGGUCGUGAUUUGAUCAACUGCCGUUUAUCAACAUUAAGAUCUGUAAAUCAGAGAAAGUACACUGAAGUAGACAGUGUGUGCUGCUAUCGUAAAGCCGCUACAGCUCCCCCUUUCGAUCCAAUCAAUAUAUAUCAGAAAUUGAUAAAUGAGACCAACCAUUUCACCGAGAUGGGGAGGUACAACCUGGAUCCAAACAGCCUUUUUGUUAAUGGUAAGAAGCAUUAGUUUUGCUUUUGUGACUAAAAACCUUUGAGGCUGUCCAGCACUGAAUUACUUCUGACCAACAUUAUCUAACUUAAAUAGUAGUGUGUCUCAGUGACAGCAACGAGAGAUGCCAGUGGGCUACAAUUUUGUUUCUAUGUCUACCGGAUUUGGGUUACAAAAAUCUGGAUAAUUGCUAGAUGGCAACAGUGCUUAUUGACACCUCAUGUUCAUUUAGAAUUUUGUAGUUUUCUCUGGUAAUGCCCAAGGACUUUCUACAAGCAAACAUUGGGCUAGAUAGACACUUUAUAUUGAACUAUUGUUAUCCUAUUAGAAAGCAAGUAAUUGCCACCCAAAGAGGAUUAUCACAUCACGUAAAUUUUGUACAGAAUUCCUUAGAACAUCGACAUUGCUUGGUGUACUUUAUAGAGAUACCCUUUCAUGUUUAGGAUGGACCUGGCCUAAUGUGUCAAGGAGUUAAAAAUGGCGGCAUGUUGUGUGUACAUUCAAACUUUUCUUAAUAAAUGAUGAAUUUUAUCAGAUGGGAAAAAGUUGAUGAUUUUGAAGAAAGAAUGGAAGAAAGAUUUGUAAAAUUAAGAGAGCAGAUAAAAGAAGAUGUUGCUAAGAGAAUGUAGACUUUAGAACUCAUGUCAGAUCAGCUAUUCUUAGAAUGUGUAAUAAAUAUAAAUUCUGCCUGAAAACACCUUUUUGGCUUUCAGUGCAAGAAGCAUUUUACAAAAGAGAAAUGAUAAGUGUUUCAUUUAUUGUGGUGUAUUAAAAUUUUCACAAGGGGAUUGUAAAAUGAAAUCAAGAAAAGAUUUAAGAACAAAAUAUUCUUGUCAAUGUUUUUCUUAUGUACACUUAUCAGAAAAUUUUAGUGGAUAAAAGAUUUUGUGGUUUAGAACAAUAUGAGACUGAGUUUGAAAUAUAACUAUGUAUUAAUGAUGAACAUGUCAUUGCUAAGAUGUACAAACCUCUGAUGAAAUAUCAGAAGAACACAUGAAAGAAUGUAUGAUAAAAUGGGCUAAAUUUUUUGGCUACAAUAUACAAAUGGAUCAAUGGGAAAAUAUGUGGCUAAAAGAUUGAAAUUUAGAUUAUGUUGUAAUCUCAAAGAGAAUUUUUAUAAAAUGAUGUACACUGCUAUCUGUCAGCAGAGAAACUGUUUAAAAUGUAUAAAGGCACUUUGAAUGUUUGCUGGAAAUGUGAACAAUAUGAAGGAACAAUUUAAUCACAUUUUGGUGGACAUGUAAAAAAGUAAAAACAUCUGGAAACAAAUACAUACUGUACAUUAAGAAGAUUGUAAAGGUUAAAACUGCAACCAGAGACUUUUCUUUCGGGAUGAAUGGACAGGCAACUAGAAAAAAGCCGUGGAACUUUCUUUUAUAUAUGAUAACUGCAACAAGACUAUUAUAUGCUCAAAAGUGGGAAGAUUCGACACUAGCCACAAUAGAGGAAAAGAUGAUGAAGAUGAUGGAACUAAUGGAGAUGGCUAAAUUAACUUCUUUAAUCAGAAAAAAAACCAAUACCUACAUUUAUGGCUGACUGGAAAUUUCUUCUAGACAUUUUGCAUUAAACAGAAAAAUAUA